GGGGCGCCGGGAGCGAGGCUCGGGGGGCGGGGCUGAGCGCAGCCGCAGCCAUUUUGGUGGAAGAGAAACAAUAGGACGGAAGCGUCGCGGGACUGGGCUGUGGCCGCAGAUCAGAAAAUGAUCCCCAAAGAAGGAAGGGAGCCGAGGGUUAGAGUCUCCCCACGCAGAGUGUCCUGGCCUGUACAAACCUAGGAGCAGAGAACAAACAGACAGACGUACCAAGGACAGACAGUAAACGGAGGACGCGCUGGCCGCUGGACCCCGCUGCCUCCCCUUUUUCCCUGCUGCCUGUGUCCGGAGGAUGAGCCCAGCCUUCAGGACCAUGGACGUGGAGCCCCGUACCAAGGGCGUCCUGCUGGAGCCCUUUGUCCACCAGGUUGGGGGGCACUCGUGCGUUCUCCGAUUCAACGAGACAACCUUGUGCAAGCCCCUGGUUCCGAGGGAGCAUCAGUUCUACGAGACCCUCCCAGCUGAGAUGCGCAAAUUCACUCCUCAGUACAAAGGUGUGGUUUCCGUGCGCUUUGAGGAAGACGAAGACAGAAACUUGUGUUUAAUAGCAUAUCCACUAAAGGGGGACCAUGGAGCUGUGGACAUUGUAGACAAUUCAGACUGUGAGCCAAAGAGUAAGCUGCUAAGAUGGACAAACAAAAAGCAUCAUGUCCUAGAAACAGAAAAGAGUCCCAAGGAAUGGGUGCGCCAGCACCGGAAAGAGGAGAAGAUGAAGAGUCAUAAGUUAGAAGAAGAAUUUGAGUUGCUAAAGAAAUCUGAAGUCCUAUACUACAGUGUAGAAAAAAAAGGAAAUAUAAGUUCCCAGCUUAAACACUAUAACCCUUGGAGCAUGAAAUGUCAUCAACAACAGUUACAGAGAAUGAAGGAGAAUGCAAAGCAUCGAAACCAGUACAAAUUUAUCUUACUGGAGAACCUAACUUCCCGUUAUGAGGUACCUUGUGUCCUGGACCUCAAGAUGGGCACACGUCAGCAUGGCGACGAUGCUUCGGAGGAGAAAGCCGCCAACCAGAUUCGAAAAUGUCAGCAAAGCACAUCUGCGGUCAUUGGUGUGCGUGUGUGUGGCAUGCAGGUGUACCAGGCAGGCACUGGGCAGCUCAUGUUCAUGAACAAGUACCAUGGGCGGAAGCUUUCCGUGCAGGGCUUCAAGGAGGCACUUUUCCAGUUCUUCCACAAUGGGCGGUACCUGCGCCGAGAGCUUCUGGGCCCUGUGCUCAAGAAGCUAACUGAGCUCAAGGCUGUGUUGGAGCGACAGGAAUCCUACCGCUUCUAUUCAAGUUCCCUACUGGUCAUUUAUGAUGGCAAAGAGUGGCCAGAAGUGACCCUGGACUCAGAUGCUGAGGACUUGGAAGACCUCUCUGAAGAGUCGGCUGACGAGUCUGCUGGUGCCUAUGCCUACAAACCCAUUGGUGCCAGUUCAGUGGACGUGCGCAUGAUCGACUUUGCACACACCACCUGCAGGCUGUAUGGCGAGGACAGUGUGGUGCAUGAGGGCCAGGAUGCUGGCUAUAUCUUUGGGCUCCAGAGCCUGAUAGACAUUGUUACAGAGAUAAGUGAGGAAAGUGGGGAGUGAGCUUGUUGACUGUUUCAGUACCUGAGAGACUCUCUGUGCCCCCCUACAGCUGUGCUGUCGGGGAGGAGGCCAGUAUGGCCAGGUGGUGGCCUCUGCAGCCUGGAGCUGAUAGACAGUGGCCUCUGUGAACCCCAGCCUGAGCCAGCCCCAGCCGUGCUCAGAGUCUUUAUUUAUUUUAACUAUUUCUUCAACAUUCCACAUUUGAUGAUGCAGAUACCUCUUUCUUCCCUGAGUGUAAAUGUUCUAAUACAGAUCUUUUUGUUUAUUGUA